UCAGAGAAAGAGGGAGGAACCAACAGGCCUCAGACCACUAACAUAUGUGUGAAACACGUCAGUGUCACAACUACACUGUGGGACUGGACACAGUGUGAACUUGAGACUCAUUAAGAGUCUUCAUAUAGUUUGUUUGUUACAGUGUUAGAUUGACUCAAACAUUUUCCUUUGUCUUGUAAUCAGUGACUUUGUCUUCUUCACUGGCUCAUUCCAGUUUCACAGGAUCUUUGUGAGGCUGCUGUGACCUCUGACCUCUGACCUCUGACCUCUUCACUGAUGGCUGCAUCUCAUGUUGCUGAUCAAGAGUUUGUGGUUGCUGUCAGUCACUGUGGAUGAGACAAAACUACAUUUCAAACCUGUAAAAGUGGAAAAACUGUGACAUUUACAAGAAAUUCAGUGAGGUAAAAAUCUAAAACAGACUAAGAUUAAAAAUGAGGAAGUGACAUCAUAUGAACCACAGGAAGUAGGUGCAGCUUCUCUCGAUUAAAGCACGACUUUAGAAACUCAGAUGAUCAUAAGAAGAGAGACAGAAGAAGGAGAGAGACAGAGAAUCAUGAUGGUCCAGUUCAAAUGGAUUCAAAUGUCUUUAUUUGUGACAGCGAUGCUUCAGUUCACAGGAGCAGCUGAAAACCUUCCAGCCUCCUUCACUGUCACAGUUGGAGAUGACGUCACUUUGACUUGUGAAAAUGUGAAAAAGCCUCAGCAACAAUGUAACAGCACUACCUGGACCUUCAGUGGUUUAGGAAGCAAACAAGCAGUAGAGCUGGUUAAACUUGGACAGAUUGGUGAAGAUGUCAAAGCUAAAGACAGACUGAGUGUUACAGAGAAAUGUUCUCUGGUUAUAAAGAAGGUCACAGUCGAGGAUGUUGGUCGUUACAUCUGUCAGCAGUAUAAAUAUAGAGAAGGUCCAAAAAGUUCUUCAGACUCUGUGGUUCAUCUGUCUGUUGUCUCCAUGACUGAACAUCAGAACCAUGAUGAGGUGACAUUAAACUGCUCUGUGUGGACAUAUGAACCAUGUAGACACACAGUGAAGUGGCUGUAUGAGGGUAAAGAGGUGGAUACAGAUAACGGAAGUGUAACUACAUCACAGUCUCUCUGCUCUGCCUCUGUGAGAGCUCCAUCUCAUCAUCACAUUUACAAGUCAGAGUUUGAAUCUGUGCAGUGUUCAGUGACUGAUGGUGACAAAGAGCAGCAGCUGUUUCCCUUCAGACUUCAGUCAUCAGGAAAGAAACCAGGUGAGACAACAACUACAACAGCAACAACAGCAACAACAACAACAACAGCAGCAACAACAACAACAACAACAACAACAACAGCUACAGCAGCAUCCAGUGACACCAGCAGAACAGAAAGAACCAACACAACAGGUUCUGGGACCGAUGGCAGUACAUCAGAGCUACAGAGAAAUUGGUUGUGGCUGCUCAUCAUUCUGGCUGUGGUCUUAGUGGCACUUUUAAUCAUUGUUGUGAAAGUCAUCAGGAGGAAGAGAGCUGAAGGUGAGAGCUCAGAGAACAACACACGGAUGGAGGACGAUGUUGGACUGACCUCAAACCCUGCAGUGACUCAGUCUGCUCCAGGAACCAGUCAGAGCACGGCUGACCCUGGAGAUGGAGUCUGCUACGCCUCCAUCAGCUACACCAGGAACACCAACAGGAGAGAUCGGGCUCAGGGAAAUGAUGGAGAUGAUGAUGAUGAUGAUGAUGAAGCAGUGACCUACACCACCAUCAAAGCUUCCUCUCUUUCUGCUGGAGCAUCUGCUGAUCCCAGCAACCUGUACGCCACCGUCAACAAACCAAAGAAAUAAGAGGCCACAGUGUCGUCACAGCUCAUUUUGCUCCACUUGUUUUACACUGAGCUUUUAUAUGAUAAUCUGUAAAAAGAGUAAAUGCCAGAUUGGCUUUGGAGUUUCAGGUAUCAGAAAACAGGUUCUCUGAUGAUGCCAGGUCAUUUCAGAACCCAGAAUACAGAGGUCACACUUUUAUUUUGCUUUGUGAUCAAUGAAUCAUAACCAAAACAUUCCAAGGCACCGUUUUGGAAAAAAAAAAAUGCUAAUGUUGGACUUAAGUUAAAGACGUGUUAGUUUUUGCUGAUAUUUUAUCUCCUAUUAUUGUUUGAUAUGCAGUCAGUUUAACAACUAUAUCUCAAUAAAUCUAUAAAUGGACCAAGUGACUUGUGUAUAUUCAGCAUUAUCAACAUCAUCAUCGAACAAUUUAGCAUUUUUUCAUUCAAUUUUGUAGAGAAACGUCUCUAGAAUAAUAAUUUGCAUGUUGAGCUUCUUAAAGAUGAUCACCACUGUAACGUUACCAUCAAAAGCUGGACCUUGCAAUCAUCUGAUCGCAAAAAUCAGUUGUGCAGAGUGCAGCAAAGAUAAAAGAAGUGUGGCAGCAAUAUUGUUUCCAUCUAAAUCAAGUUGUGCAGGCGCUGAUAAACAAGUCUAAUGAUGCAAACCAUGGCAACAACAAGUGUGUGACUGUUGUGUCCAUCACUUUUAGUGUCCCCUGAAUGGAAUGUUUUCUCAAUUUGCUUAUUUUUCAGUGCAUGAAGCUCUCAGGUAUGGAAGCCGAUGUUUUGCAAACAUUUUUUUUUUAAAUUCCACUGUUUCGAGAUGUCUAAUUGAUUAUUUCAUUUUCUUGACAUAACAGAGCGUUCAUCUUCAGUUUUAAUGUGUAUAAACGGCAUUCAGACGCCUGGUCGGUGCUGCACAUGUGCAUCUCUCACCAGAGAUGAGAAAGUAGCCUGAUGUCUCACUUCUGUUACCAGCUCCAUAAUGAACUCUGUUUGUAAUUCAGAGGGUUAUUGAUUAAGACUUCUAUAACAAGUGUCCGACGAGGUUCAUGAUCGGCUGCUUUCUACUGUUCCCUGCUUUUCCAGUGAAGACGGAUGUGACACACACAAAAAAGGAAAAAAAAAAAAAAAAAAAAAGUAAAAGAGGAAUACAGUGGUCAACUUCCAUCAGAUGUGUUACUGUCCAGUUGGCUACACCCAAAAUAAAACCUCUCACAGCGAUGGGUGCAAUUGCUAUGCCAAAGUGAAAUAUGCGUAUAAAUAAAAAAGACUAGACUACAAGUCUGAUGUGUUGUUAAAUAGCGGUAAUAAUAUUCUCAGCUUAAAUCAGUUGCUGCAGUUAUCAAGAUGCCAACUAUGCAUGCUGGGAAAGCUCUCCUAAUCUAAGAGUUAAUUUCCUCAAGUUUAUGAGGUAUUUAAUUCCAAUUUUAAAAAAAAAAGUCUUGCAAGCACGGCCACUCUUGGCUGUCGGGCUCAUCAUCACUGUAA